AAGGAUGAUGAAUCAAAACUUGAUCUUCUUCUUCAAUUGUUUCUCUCUCUUGAUUGCCUCACUCCAUUUCUUUCAAGCUUGUAAUGCAAACUGCACCCCCUCUGCGUGUGGCCUUAUUCCAAACAUUAGCUCCCCUUUCCGCCUCGAGAAUGAUCCCAAGCACUGUGGUGAUCAUGGAUACGAAUUAGUAUGUGAAAACAAUGUCGCUUCAAUUAAUCUAAACUCCCACAAAUACUACGUGAAAGCGAUCAAUUACAGUGACUUCAGCAUCUGGCUUUCCUAUGCUUCCAUAGACAACAACACCUGCUCUUUCCCUAUUUCUUCUGCAUACCGGGAUGAUUAUUUCAAUCCCUAUUUCUUAGAGAAGGAGCAAAGUCAAGCUAUCAGUUUCAUGAGCUGCGAGUAUCCAUUGCAUAAUUGUUCCUUGUCAAACCAAGUUACUGGUUGUGGGCAAUCUAGCACACAUGCUUGCAUAAAGUUUGGGCAGAUACGCCCCGCCGAUGUGGAGCAUAUGUGCACUCUAGUUUCCGUGGUUGCAACAUCAUGGAACUUUAUGGAUUUGAAUAAUGUAUCGCUCUCAGAAAUCCAUCAAUCUCUGCUGUAUGGAUUUAAACUGUCUUGGUUAGGUUUUAUCUGUCGAAAUUGCGAUGGAGCUGGUUGUUCUAUAGAGCCGGGUGGAUUGGUAAUUUGCGGCGAGCAUCAUUCGGGUCUCUAUUACAAUUGGGAGAAUUUAAUGGACUCCUUCAAACCACCUGAAGGUCCAGCUGCUGGCCGUCUCAUGCUUUUCAUGCUCAUAGUUGCAGUUGUAUUUGCAGGGGUAAGCAUUCCUGCAAAAAUCAUCAUCGGAUUUGGGAUCUCUUAUUGGGUUCUCGUAAAAAAUUGGUAUCGCGAAGAUAUUGAGCGCAUACUUGUUGUUAGCUUUGAAGUAAGAUUCAUUGUUGGGAUGCUAUUUGGAAUGGGGUUCCUGAUCUACUAGUUUCGAAGAAGGCGUUUGUCAAGUUAUGAGGAAAUAGAGGGCUUUCUACGGAGUGACAACAAACUCUCCCCAAUCAG